CUACCUUCUAAACGUGCUUCAUCAAAUAGACGUCAUGUUUUGAACCUCAGUUUAUUUUCUAAUGUUGUGCAACGCGUUGUUGACGGCCGAAGUGGUCAUUUGACGAACUUCGUUGUGUUGUACCAUCAUGUAUAAGGAGUGCGGACGGAUUUACGGCUGCGUCCUUUUCUUCCUGCUUUAUGGAAGCUGCAGUGCACAAAUCGGAAGCAAAUGCGUGUUCCUUAGUUGCCGCUUCGCCAGACACGCAGCUUGCGAUGCCAACAAUGUCUGUAGGUGCAAGCCAGACUAUCCUGUACAGGUAUCGCCGCUCAGGUGUGCCAAAGGUCGACGUCAUCUGGAAGUGUGCACAGACAACAAGGAAUGCACAGAGACGGACAAAAAUACGUACUGCUCUCGAACGUCGUCCCAGAGUCGUUGCGAGUGCCAUGACGAUUUCGUCUAUAAUGAAGAGACAAGAUCCUGCGAACUUAUGAAGCUGGCUCCUGUGUCUCCAGACAUACUUUUGCCCAUGGCUGUUGGCGUUUCAGUAGCACUAUCCAGCAUGCUCUGCUGCUUCCUCGCCCUGUGGCGACUUUGUAAACGAGCCAACAGCAGUGGCUUCUUGAGCAGUUUACAAAGCAGUGGCAGUGCUAAUUCAAGAGCAACACGAGAGCACGCACCUGUCCGGACCCAGGACUCCUGGAGUUCCGACACAUUGCCUUCGUAUGAAGCAGCAGUAUCACUAAAGAGGCCAUCAUCAUCUCAAGAAGACCCUCCGCCGCCAUACUGCGAAGCUGUCACAUUGCAGUUACCCCUGUCUGAAACAAAAGUGUGACUGCGGUGCUCCUACUGGCAAGUCUGGAUCCUGCACAUUGCCGUGUUGCGCAUAACCCUGGCCACAGUGGCCAAAAGGAACUGCUCUGGCAGUUAUAGAAUACCGAGACAACACAGAAUGCUCAUCGCUGGUAUGAGAGAGAGUUCCAGCGCACCUGACAGCUGCCAUGGGUGCCUUUGUAUCACGUCGACAGCUCAUGGAAACCUACGGCCAAUCAUUCCACUAUGGCGUGCAGCAUGGAACUUCCCACAAUGUCAUCCGCCAAUGGGGAGGAAACCUUACAACCCGAGUGAAUCUUGAGCUUCGCUCUUGUUUUAUAAAUGUGGCAGGUAGUUCUGUAUUAAAGUUGGCAAUGAGCCAACAUUAUGCACAGGCAGGGCAGGGGCCCAGUCACCCUAUAGUCUGACUUAGUGUAGUGGUAUUUCUAAGUUGUUUUUUUGUAGUGUACCAUCAGCUAUUCAUAGCAUGCACUUUCUGCUCUAAUUAGCCCAGUUUUUCUCUCUUCGAAGCAGCAAAUAUGGUCCAGCAGAGCUUCAUUGGUGUGUUUUGCACAGGCUCGUUAAACUGACGCUAACCAAGAUACUGUGUCACUUUUGUAUAGUAGCUGCCCAAGUUUUGUUUUUGUGCCAGUCCCUACCUAUAUGCAUGAAAGAUGCGAGACAGUUGAACUUACACGUAACGAGUGUGAUCAUCACACCGAAAUGGCCUAUAUGGGCCUUAUUUUGAUUUUACGUGGCAUCAUGAGGUGGACUUCACAAAGCCAGGCCAAAACUGACGAAAUUUCAUUUUGAAAUAGCAAAUCGGUACUAAUGCAGAAGCACACACAACUUUGUGUGUGUGUGUGUGUGUGUGUGUGUGUGUGUGUGUGUGUGUGUGUGUGUGUGUGUGUGUGUGUGUGUGUGUGUGUGUGUGUGUGUGUGUGUGUGUGUGUGUGUGUGUGUGUGUGUGUGUGUGUGUGUGUGUGUGUGUGUGUGUGUGUGUGUGUGUGUGUGUGUGUGUGUGUGUCAAGCAAAAAGGCAUAUAGCAGUGGUGCUCUCAUUCACCAACACCUCCAGCUCUUUUUGCAGUUCACUGUGUAAGUCACAGAUGGAACACAUCUUCGCUGAUGUCAUGCAUGUGAUAAGCAGACCGAAUAGACAACCAAGCACUUUGACACAAACUUCAACAAUAAGUUUGAAAAGGAUGGAAUUGAGUCGUUGGUGAAACGAUCAAGGGGGCUGGAAACUAGGCAAAACCUAAGUGUCUGUCCGAUUCAGCUUCUUAUCACUUCGAUAGCGAACCUCUGAAAAGAAAGUGUACCUCCAAUUGCCAUGUGUAGUCUGUUCAUUGAUGUCAGAAUGAAAUCCAAGAGUAAUGAAGAGUGAAAUUGGGCAUGUAGUGUCCAGAGUGACUGUGACGCAUAAGUAGAAGGGGCUGGUGCAUUCAUUCUAAUCAAGUCAGUUUGCACGUGUUCAGUACAUCUGAGACACAAAGGUGCUUCCAGCAUGCAAAUUCUGACUGUCAGGCCGUCUUUAAUGCCAUAGCUUAGCAUCAAACAAGUGUUGCUGGUCUGUCUUUGUAAUAAACGAGCAUACACUAUGAGCCAAACGGUUACAAAUGGACUUGGCUGCAUUAGUAGGCUUCAAAGCAGAGUAUUAUAGCAAUGUGCCACAAGGUGUAGUACUUUAGUGUAGUGCUAGGUGUAGUGCUAUAAGGAAUAUUACUGCAGUUCUGCAGGGAAGAGUAUUGUAGUACUACUGCAUCAUGCCACAGUACUGUGGUCAACUGCAGUUUGCUAUGAGGCAUAUUACUGCAAUACUAUCCCAACAAGGUAGGCCAUAUGUUUGGUUGUUAUUUUAAAGAUAGUGAAGUGUCUGAAAAUGUUACUUUGCUGGGAGGGACUCUACCGUGGCAUACCAUGGUUGACAUUUGACGAAAAAGAACAAAGGUUUCUUCUUUGUUCUUACAUAUUAUGAGCUCACGGCAUGGCAUAUUGGUAGCAGUGAUGUUGAAGUGCUGCUGCUUCAAUAACCGUGGUCCAAUUUACAUUCCUACUUUCUAUUGCUGAACAAAAUCCUUUUACCUUUAUAUUAUGCCUAAUCAAAACAGAGCUGUGAAAGAACCUUAAUAGUGAUCAUACCUUUCUUGUAAAAAUUAACUUUGAUGUAGGGCAGUAAAACACGUUGUGGGGCUAGUUGGUGCAUAGCUUUCAAUAGAUUAAGCGCCAAAAGGACAGGAAGGGACAGGACAGGAAGGGACAGGACAGGAAGCGCCUUGUCCUGUCUGUAUUUCUUCUUGUGUGCCGUCACUUUUGGCGCUUAAUCUAUUGAAAAAAAAAUUGAUGUAGGGGCCAUUGAUUUUUCAUGCUUGCAGAUCGGUCUGCAGUUCUCUUGAAGGAGGUUGUUAUAUUGGUGAAACUUUGACUGAAACAUGGCAGAUUUUGUUUCCUAUGUAGAUGUGCCACAACAGCAGGUUCAAAAGGGCAACCAUGUUCCUCUGUGUUUGCUUGUUAAGUAAACUCGCCGCCACAGACUCAUCACAGGGGAAAAUGUAUUUAUUGUCUUUUUUUUUUUUCUGUAGUAGUACUAGUAGUAGUAUUAGUAUCAAGCGUGUGAAUUUUCCAUAAAAAUAUAUAUGUGUGCGUGUGUAUGUGUAUAUACUUUUGGCGAACGUUAUUGUGUUAGCGAUCAACGUCACAUAAACAAUAAUGUGAAGAGUUAUUCUUAAGACAUUCCACUUUGCCGUUGGGUAGAACUGCAAGCCCCCAUUUUGCCAGUGCAGUUGUCGGCGGCAAGCAGUCCAGCGCAGUUGAAAUUGCAGCCGUUUUGCGAUAAUGUUCAGAAAGAGGAUCCUGUUUGGCAGACUUGAUAAACAAGACCACAGUAUGAGGUUCUACAAGCAUGUUCACUGAAGACUGCCUUCGAGGCAGUCGUAAAGCAAUAUUGGUGAUCAGUUGCUGUGCCUGCCAUUUAUUAAACAUGCAACGAAGUACACACACAUCUAUCCACUGUGGACAAGACACAAGGAAGCGGUCAGCACAUCGGGCACUGUGGUCACUUUGCAGGCCGUGCACUCCAGGCCUGCUUGUGUACAAUUGACAUCAAAAGUUUGCGAGGCACAGGAUCUCUAAAAAAAAAGAUAUUUCCCGAGCUCGGGUACGCAGUGUUUGUUUCAGAUCCGCUACCUGUUAUGGCGUACACGACAAGCAGCGUUGUGCUGUUCUACAGGCUGUAAGCUAAAACUGGACUCCAAUUUGAUUUUUUUGUGUAACUAUUUUCAUUGUGUAAUCUUUCAAUGCCGACUAUGCCGUACAAUUCACUUCAUUGUGGUAUACUAUAUACAGGUGUGUUUCCUGCGAUUGACAAGUUGAUAUUGGCCAGUAGGAGACAGCAAGAGAUGUAAAUUGGGCAGCUCAUCUUCAGCAGAUUCACUUGUCUGGAGGCUCUUGACAGUGUUGUAUUUUCUCUUUGUAACUAAACUUUGCAAGUACUAUGAAUUCAUUAUGUGAUUGUGGGAAAACAAGAGCAAAGUUUCAGUAGCCCUCUUCCCCUCCCCUUUUUUUUCUUUCUAUGGAAUGUGCCGCAAGGUAGGCAUGGGCAAGUUAUUUUAACAUGUUACCACUGUUUCACAUGCUAUCAGCUCCAGUAUGGGAGAAAUUAAAAUUCAGUCUCAUUCAGUGCCCAACAUCAUUUGAGCAAUGUUGCAAUAAGAUAAAAGUUAUGCUCUGCAGUUGAUACUUGGUGAAAACUGACUGGUGGUGAGGGCCACGUUAUCUUCACUUAAUCGUUUUUGAAAGGACAAGAAGAACUCAAUGCACUUUGCUAUAUUGAGUAUUCCAGACCUGCUCAAGGUUUUUCUGCUUUAUUAACACAUCUGACUUCCAACACAACUGUUUGCUCAAAAUAAGUCAAUGCCAUUCACACGUCAUAUUGGCCUCUGCAAUAUGCCGAGUAAGUGUCUGCAAUUGACUAGAGUGCAACUAGAGCUGUCGCAAGCAUACAUUAAUCAAUGUUGCCAACUUUUUUUUUUAAUCUGCAGGGUUCCACAUGCAGCUUGUGCUUGCAUUUGUGCCUACAUUUAAGGUGGCAAGUCUUUUGGGGACUGGAAGCACGCAAGAAAAAAAGUUUUUGUAGCUUUUUUACAGACUGGCACUUUACACCACAUAUUUUAUACAACAAGAAUCUUCGGAGUGAAUCGCGCACAUGCAUCAACACGAGUGGCACUUCUUACAAACACAUACGUACCACUUGCUAUGGACCGUUUCUCAGAUAACAUGACGUGAACGUGUCGUCACGUUUUUUAGCAGAUGCUGACAUUUAAGACUCUACUGUAAAUGUGCGUAACAUGAUACAUAUUUUGAAUUUUUUUAUGGAAUGGUUCUUUACACCAAGUGUUUUGUAGAGCUUCGUUGCAUAGUGCAUGUGCCUGUACAUCACAGACAGACUGCUGGAAUAGCAGUUUAUCAUUGCUCUUUAAUACGAGUGUUCAGUUUAAAAAGUGGAUCUCAAUCGUUUUUGCCGAAGAUGGUGCGUAUUGUAUAAAAAUACUUUAACCGUAGGAAUCCGCAACAGCAUGUUGUGCUGCAGCAAAAAUUGCAUUUGGCAUUUGUGUUGAAAUCAUAACUACAUUUGUAGGUUUUUGUAUGUGUAUGUGUGUGUUCAUUACCUACUGACGAGUGGACUAGUGCCAAGCUUUCGUGCAGUGGAAAGGCAGUUCACUAUAAACCUAUGGCUCGUGCUGUAUACAGUUCAAUACACAGCUGUAUUAAAUGUCAUGUGUAGUAUUGUUUGUGGCCAAUGAAUUGAUCUGUAGACAUAAAUUGCCUGCACCAUACAGAUAUUUUGUUGUUGCUGCACCCCAUGGAGAAUAGUACGCUCAUUGCAGAGUCCUGUAUGUUUUGUAAAUAGUGCAUACUUGCCCAAAGAAUAAUAAAACUUGCUACAAAUUUUA